AUGGAACCAAUCAUAUUUAGACCAUCACUCUGUGAAACCAUCCUGUCAGACCCUGGGAACCCGCAGACAGACUCGCCUCUCUUCUCCAUUGUCCCCGCUGAAGUCAGAGACAAGAUCUUCUCCUACGCCCUGACUGAUCAUCCUGACCCCAGACCACACAUGCAAUACAGCAAACAGACAUACUAUACUCGUCCUUCAUGCGAGGCUGAUCAAUCGACCGAUACCAGACUCCUCCGCACAUGCCGUGCCGUCUAUCGCGAGACGUGUUUCAAACCAUUUUAUUUGCGAGAACACAUGAGAUGGGCCACGGCUCCGGAUCGUGCCCCGCCUGGAAGGUCUGGUUUCUUUGACUUGAGACACAUGCUUAGUCGAAUCGUUACACAGCUGCCGGUGCAAGACAAGCUCGAGAUUGAGAGACUUCGAGUCUAUGUACAGAUGUACAAGCUCGAAGAGGGUGUUGUGAGUUGUAUCGUGCCGUCACUGCUCGCGCCUCGCAUCCACACCCUCACAUUUCGCCACACUGAUUGGUGGUUUUGGGAAGACGAUGAACCUCUUCGUUUCGCAGGCGACUGGAUUGAGGACGUUGGUAGAAGCAUACAUUGGUGCACAAAGCAAUUCUGCAUCGAGCUGGAAUCUUUGGAGAGAAAGAAGGACCAGGUUGACAAGAUCGCUGAUCACAUGGUCAAGAAGUGGUACUUUAAACGCUUAGACGGUCCUGUGCUUUACGCCGAUGCAUCAGGCGGUGGCAGAAAGGAGAGUCGAUGGAGCGGCGAUAGCACGUGGGACAACAAACGAUGGGUUCGCGACGAGACGGAGCCUGGAAGAAUCGACUACUACAUUGUCUCUGUGACAUUCCGUUCUCGAAUCGACAUUGAGCGAAGCGGUGGUACCGUUGACAGAGAUGUCAUUGAGGCUUCGCAGAAAGAUUGGUUCGACCCAGACGAACUAAAGAUUCACCUCAAAGACGAGAGCCGCAUUGAGGACCCUUCCCCAUUCGAGUAUGUUGGGGAACCUCCCGAUGAUACAGACGACAGCGAUUCAGAGUUUUCCGACGGGGAAAUCGCCCGGCUGCAUCAACGAUGGUAUGACUCUUUCGUUGCUGGGCAAGAAUGA